AUGUACUUGGCUGUUGUGUUCCCCUCCGGUUGCUAUGGUGGAAACUAUGAUUUUGUUUCGUCAUCCCUCCUGAGCGCCCUUGAAACCAGGAAAUUUGAAGCCAAGACUCAGCUUGUGAGGCACGUGUACGUGGGAGCUGCUGCCAGUGGCGUGGAAGGAGAAACGGGAGAAAAGGUGCCCGUCGAUCGGACAAGGAAGCUCCCGCACUAUGUGGCUGACGGCUUCCGACAGGUCACGAGCGGUGUUCGCAGUGGGCCCAACAUAGCGAAGGCGCCAAGGCGCCGUGACCGGCAGGACGACCAGCAGAUCAAGCAAGACGUGGACUCGGCUGAGCAGGCGGUGAGCGUGGAUGUGAUCGAGGGCAGGCUUGCCUUCUGGGCAACGACGUCGCCUGGCCUUGAGGACAUCGUGGCCGGAGAAGCCCGCCGUAAGCUGCCGGAGCUUGUCGUGGAGGAGAAGAAGGGCAGUGGCCGCAUCUGCCUGCUCGCCAAAGAGGAGCAGGCGAGAGGAGAGCGCCCAUAA